GACGCCCUCUGCGUUUGUUGACUGUCAUCUGACGCUUGAAGAAAAGGAAAAUAGCCCUGAUAAACUGCCUCAAAAAGAGGCUUCUUUGAAGUGGUGUCGCGAUAUCAUUUUCUUCAAAAUGCAGAAUCAAGACAAAGUUUUGGACAAUUCUUUGGAUUACAUCUCGAGCAGAGUCAACGAUUUGAAGAAGGCCCUAACAGACCUUCUCAUGAAACUUGAACAUCAUCAUGAAACUCUCAGUUGGCCAUCUGUUCUCAACAGUUUUGCUCUAUUAUCAGGUCAGAUUAACACAUUACAUCGGCAUCUCAAGAGUGAUAAGACUCCAGCACUGAAGAACCUGAUCAUUCUCCCACUCAAACUAUCACAAGAUAGAGAUGAAGAACUAGAGAAAGUAACAGAGGGACGUGUGCCAUCUUUCAACCAUGACGUAGUUCCAAACUAUCUCCGUACAAAGCCAGAACCAGAGAGUGAGGAGAAGGAGCAGACAUUGUCCAAAGAUGCUGCGCAGAUUUCCCCUGAACUAGCCAAGAAACAGAUUGACAACCUGAACAGACUAAGUACUCAUCUUCUUAGUAUGUUAUCAACUCAAAGAGACACAUGGGAUCCUGAUUCAUCUCGGCUGAACAUGUCAACCUCUUCUCCAGCGGACACCAAUGUUCUAGUGGCGGCAAUCAGUGUUGGUAAGGGCUGUAUCAAGAGACAAAACCCCAUGCCUACUCAGAUGGCAGCUCAGAUGGCGCGACAAGUCGAGCAACAUGCUCCUGUUGGUAAGAUGCCCAGUAGUAUCAGGACCAAUAUCAAGUCUGGAAGUGGUCAUCCCUAUCAUCACAGAUAAUAAUGUGAUACAAAAGCCGAUGAUCGUGACAAUAAAAUAUGUAUAGCAAUUGACCUCUAUCAUGCUGAGGCGCGUUGUAUCUUCUUGGUAUACCGGUGAACUGGGUAAUUCUCAGCACUUUUAACACCACAUGGCUGAACCAAAUUGGUCAACUAUCAAUUUGGUCUAGGAAAUAGUUGGAUACGUACCCACCACCGAAUAACAGAAGGAUGUCGAGACCUCCAAGUAUUCUCACUUCUGGUUUCACUCUAUAACUUUUUUUUUCCCUUUAACUUACAUUGGGAAUCGAGCUCACCUCGAUGAGUCAAAAUCUCUGACCACAAUGCUAGCAAGAAAACGCUGAAGUGUUUUUGAGGAAUUAUGAAAAGAUAGUUUGACUAGUCUAUGCUUCAGUCCAUAGUAAUUUUAUUUUUCUGACUAAAUAAAGGGGGGGGGGGGGCAGUCAAAUAUAUUGAUGUACACACGCAUGACCAAAAAACGUGUUUAAAGGGGUGUCUUUACGGUUUUGGAUGCGGGCCGCGCGUGCACUCGUUAAGGGUAUCAAAAACACUGAUUUUCAAAAAUAAGGGUGGUUUUGAAAGACUGGUCAAUGGUCAAUUGCAGGGUCAAACGUAUUUAGGGUAUGUUUUUUUUUCCAAAGCUUUUAUUUCUAAGACUAGCUAAACGUGUUUAGGGUAUGUUUUUUUCCUGGGGCUUUUUCCUCCUCGUUUCUGAAAAGUGUUCAGGUUCUUCCUGAUUUUGGUAUUUUAACCCUAAAUGCACUGGGGGUAUGCAAUACCCAUGAAUAUAAUUUUGUCUAUAUUUAAAUAUAUUGUUAGCAUGAAGACAAAACAUGUUCAGGGGUCAAAUUCUGGAGACAACUUGCUUAGGGGCUAAAAUGUGUUAAUAAAGCUCGCGAAAAACUUGUUUAGUGUGGUAUUUUGCACACAGAGAAAAACUAGUUUAGGGGGUGCUUGGAAAUAAUUUGGCCGCGCGUGUGUACAGUAAUACAUCUGACUGGCCCCCCGGGAAAUAAAACAAUGUCUAUGCACAAUAACAUGCUCGAUUCUGCACAGAAAUUUGACGGAAUAAAGACAUAUUUUCUGUAUUCCGGCUUUCCCAUCAUGUAUGUUCUAGAUUAGGGCUAGAUAUAAUAUUUUAAACUUUCCCUACAUUUUCUUUUCAAUUUUAGCGGUGGGUACAUAUGGACCUCUUGCCUUGGUCUACGGUAAUCAAUCACCAUUUGGUCACUAUCAUGUUGUGUAUCUGUCAUUUAGUCUAUUGUUCAAAUGGUCCAAUUCCACUUUGGCUACGUAUUUUUCUGUACCUUGUUAAGGGUCUAGUGGUUAUGACACUUGUCUUUCAAUCUGAGGGACAUAGGUUCGAUUCCAAGUCAUGUUGUGUUUUCCUUUAGCAAGAAAUUUACCCACAUUGUGUUGCACUCAUUCGCGGUGAGGUGAAUGGGUACCCAGUAGGAAGAAAUUCCUUGAAUGCCUGGGCAGUCUAGUUAAACCAAGGGUAAUGAUGAUAGCAGGGCCCGCUUGGAGAACAGUUUUCACUGAAGUGGCUACCCUGGGUAAAUAUGUUAGUAGUAGUAGUAUUACUAGUAGUAGUAGUAGUAGUAGUAGAUAAGAGAAAAACUAGUAUAGCUUAUCCGGAAAUUAGACCAAACUAGUUGUAGAUAAUCUGGGAUGAGACCAAGCGGAAGGUAACAAAUGCCUCGUUUCUUAAAGGAGAAUGAAACCCUUGAAACCAGCUGAAUCCAUAUCAAAGAGAAAA